GUAUGGGCUAGUACCCUUUGCCUCCUCAAUAAAACGAGCUUUGUGGUUCCCCAAAAGUCAAAGAAUGGAUUGUAUUUUCUUUUGUAACUAAAUUAAAAUCUCUGAAUUAUCAUGUUUUCUCGUUCUAGGCUACUUUUUUCUAAAGUAGCACCGCUACGGAAUGUUUUCAAGCCAGAUUACCAAAAUGAAACCCGAUUCCUUUAUAGUAUUACAACAACAAGAAAUAGGUCUGCGACUCCACUCAAUACAAUAAUUAUGUUUGUCCCGCAACAAGAGGCUUGGAUAGUCGAACGUAUGGGUAAAUUUCACCGGAUACUUGAACCUGGUUUAAAUCUUCUAUGGCCGAUUGUGGACAAAAUAAAAUAUGUGCAAAGUUUAAAAGAAAUUGCAAUAGAUGUACCCAAACAAGGUGCCAUCACAUCUGACAAUGUUACAUUGAGCAUUGAUGGGGUUCUUUAUCUACGUAUUAUUGAUCCUUACUUAGCUUCUUAUGGAGUGGAAGAUCCAGAAUUUGCUAUAACACAGCUGGCACAAACCACAAUGCGUUCUGAACUUGGUCAAAUCUCAUUGGACAAAGUAUUUAGAGAGAGGGAAUCACUCAAUGUUUCAAUUGUUCACGCUAUUAACAAAGCCAGUGAAGCAUGGGGCAUCACCUGCCUCCGAUAUGAGAUCCGUGAUAUAAAGCUUCCAACACGAGUGCACGAAGCCAUGCAGAUGCAAGUGGAAGCUGAGCGACGGAAGCGGGCGGCCAUCUUGGAGUCUGAGGGUGUACGGGCGGCGGAUAUAAACGUGGCGGAGGGAAAGCGGCAGGCAAGGAUAUUAGCCUCAGAGGCGGAGAAGCAGGAGCAGAUCAACAAGGCGUCGGGCGAGGCGCAGGGCAUGCUGGCGGUGGCCGAGGCGCGCUCCCGGGGACUCAAGCUCAUCGCAGCCGCGCUCGCGCAACAGGAUAGCAAGUACGCGGCGUCACUGACACUGGCGGAGCAAUAUGUGGCGGCGUUCAACAAGCUGGCUCGCACCAACAAUACUCUUAUCUUGCCCGCCAAUGCGGGAGAUGUCUCCAAUCUAGUAGCACAGGCUAUGUCAAUAUAUUCAACAGUAACAGCACACAAUGCACAAACACAGAGUCAGCCAGAACCAGCCGAGAAAUACGAAGAUAGUCUAGUCAAACUCACAGCUCUUACAGAAAAGGGAUCAACUUUGGCGGGCCCCAGUUUUGCUAGAGAAGACGACCUAGCAGAGUACUUCUCAGAUGACGAAGAGAGAGAAAAGGCCCUCCAAGCACAGAAAGAUAAAAAGGAUCAGCAUUUACAUAAGUUAGAAAAGGAAACAUAGAAUUGUUAAGUAGUGUUGUUGAUAAAUAAAUUACAUAAUAUUA